CAAAAAUGACCCAAAUAAAUUGGUUUAUGUAGCAAAACUUAUUUGAACUGUGCAAGCGGCAAGGAAAUGAAACAAAUGCAAGGUUAUUAAAAAGUUUUACAUUUUGACGAGUGUGUGAGCAGCGCAAUAAAGGGCCAGAACAUUUCCUUCGUAACAAAAAGCGCUAGCUGGGAGACAGUGCUUAUAAGUAUAUCGUUAUCACUAGUUCGUUUCAUAAAAAGGUCUAUCAACAUAUUACAAAAAGGUCUAUCAACAUAUCACAUAAUUAAUCUAGCUCAUGGCGGAAAGACGCUCUCGAUAUGGCUCCGGGAAACUGCUUAUUGCCGCUCUGGCACUUUGUUUAUACGCUAUCACAUAUCGUAAGAAUGAAGUUAGAGCUGUCUCCCAAAUUAUUGGGCUAUUUUCAAUCUUCUACUCAAAACAUUUCUGCAGUGCUCGUCUACAACUACACGGUCGUUUUGUACGCGCAAAUGGGACCAGUUCAUUCCAGUUUGAUCGAAUCACUUUAUGUGGCGACGUUCACCCUCAACCAGGACCAGCAGUUAAAUUCAAAUAUCCAUGUAAAGAGUGUCAGAGGAAUGUUCGUUCAAAUCAGAAUGCUAUCUUAUGUGCUAAUUGAGAAACCUGGUCGCAUACAAAAUUUCUCGGAUUUACCAACACACAAUUCAAACACUACUUGAACAAUCAGCGUAUCGACUGGAUUUGUAACUGGUAUUGCCUGCCAUUUUGCAACCACUCUGAUCUAGGAUUUAAUGCUGAAUCCGAUAUAUCAAAUGAUUUCGAAAUAUCCGCAGGAUCACGAAGGAGAAUAUGCAAAUAUCUUGCCAACCGAUGGACAAAGGCCACACAACAAAGCCUGCUGUAAUGAAAACAAUAGCUCUAUUAUUGACCAGAAAAAAGAGAAUUCGAGCAACGCCCGCCUAAUGCAUCUGAAAAUAAAGAGCAUCCAAAGCAAAUUCGAAGAUCUGACUAUUCUGAACAGAUCUCUGAAAGCAGAAAUAUUGGUGAUAUCGGAGACUAAAAUCGACCGAUCCUAUCCAGACAGUCAAUUCAAAUUGCAAGGUUACAAUAUGUUCCGCAAGGACAUAGCGAAAGGAACAGGUGGCCUACUUGUCUAUAAAUCAACAACAAUUCCAUCAAGAAAGCUCACUCUGCCGACAGCCUACAAAACAUUACAAGCUAUAGCAGUUGAUGUUAAAAUAGGCAGGCAAGAUAUUUUGGUACUGUCAAUUUACAGACCGCCUAAUAGCUCCAAGAAAGAAAAUAAAAUCUGCGGAAACUACCUACAAAGAGUCGAGAGUGAAUUAAACAGCAUCUGUCAAUGGGCGUGUUUCAAAAAGAAACCUGUUAUUGUUGUUGGUGAUUUAAAUCUAGACAGACUACGGUUAGAUCGUAGCGAGGGGAAAAUCCUGAGGGACCUAGAAGAAGUCAAUGACCUACACUGCCUUAUAAAUGAACCAACAAGGGUCACAGCAAACUCGCAGACACUCAUUGAUGUAAUGUUUACAAAUAACCCUAAUCUCUUCAGGAACUGCGGCGUAUACAACCCCGAGAUCAGUGAUCACACUAUGAUUUAUGGCGAAAUGACAGAAAAGGUUAAAAAACCGACAACCAAGACUCUAGUCCACCGACAAACUAAAACUACUGACUUUGACAACUUUAACAAGGAUCUACUUGAUGCUCCAUGGCAUGUUGGUGAAAUCUUUGAUGAUUUAGAUGAUGCUUAUGACUAUAGAGCGUUUUCACAUGACGUCACAAAUUUCGCGGGAAAUUUGAGUCUCCAUGUUGGUGUUCCAUAUUUUUCAAGAUGGCGGCAAAUCCCCUUAGCGAUUAUGCGAACAACUUCGGUCCCCACGUGAAGAAACGUUACUAUGAAAAGAUUUCUUGCGUUGGUAUCGAUCCCAUUUUAAUUCCAGACAAAACGUAUGAUCCAAACUGUUUGCCAC